AUGAUUACCUGUAGUUUAGUAAAUGAAUCUCUUCCAGGUUCUGUUAAAAAAGUCACCAUCAAAUGGAACCAAUAUCUUUUUGAGUAUCCAUGUGAAUCGAAUUCUGUGUGCACUGAUUACAAAGUUAAACUUUCACGAGGAAAAUAUAUAUUUGAAUUAUAUGGUGCCUCAGGUGGUUCUCACAUUAAUAAAACAACUUCAUUUUGUUUUGAUAAUAAUUCCUGCAUCGACGAAUCUUUUGUCCGCCGCUACAAUGGCAACACAGAAUGUAUUAAAAAUUCAAGCAUUGGUGGUGCAGGAGGUUAUAUUUCUGGAACAAUUAUUCUCUAUUCCGAUACUGUCACUUUUUUGACAAUUGGAGGGAAAGGAAUUUUUGGACAUUCUUUAAAAGAAAUGAAUACAGAUAAAUGCUUUCAGAAAAAAUAUAUAAUAAAGGGUGGGUAUGGUGGUGGAGAUAGUUUCUCAAAUUAUUAUGAUAUCUCAUAUCCUCAGUGGGCAGGUUCAGGAAGUGGAGGUGGUCAAACCGCUGUCAAAUUUUUGGAAAAUGAUUUAUGGCAUCGAGUUUUAGUUAGUGGCGGUGGAGGGGGCACAGAUAAUGCCUUUGGAGAAUAUGGAAAGUUAGAUGAUGGUUCGGGAGGUGCAGGAGGGAAUCUCGUUGCACAAAAUUGGUUUUUGAAUGGUGUUUUGAAACAUGAAUAUUUUGCAAAUUCGACUAAUGGAUUCACAUUUGGAACAGGUGAAGCUGCAAGAUUCGGCCUGAAGAAGAAUCCAUAUUCAGUUCCAGAUGGGGAAAAAUAUGAUAAUGCAGGGGCUGGAUCUGGCUGGUUUGGUGGGUUUUCAUCACAAAAUGGGAGAGGAGGUGCAGGUGGUGGAAGUUCUUGGGCAUUAUCACGUGAUGCGAUCAUCCCAGAAGGUGAUAUUGAAGCAACCGACGAAUUUUAUGAUAAUGCGGAAUCACAUCCAUAUGGAUUCACAAAGACAUCCGGUUAUUUAUUCACAGAUGUCGAACAUGCAGCCGGUAUCUGGAACGGCCAUGGACGAAUCAUCAUUACAUAUAUAAGUUCUCUUAAAUGUCCAUCUUUCAUAUAUUCUCUUCCUCUUAAUAUCAACAUUCUAAUAUUCAUUAUUUUACUUGAUCAAAACUCAUCUUAA